GAGGCUGGGCGUGGGAGGGCAGACCGGGGGUAUCGGUGCCCGCGUCUCGGUCUCGCAGAAAAGCUUCUAAAUUUAGAUUUCUGAGAAGACUGUUGUCUGAGGGUUUGUCUGAGCCGCCUCCGAAGACCUCUGGCAGUUGUCUGAUAAUUCCUGGGAAUUUACCUGUACACAUGCUUGAGGAAGCAAGAGGGAACAUCUCGGCUGAUUAUACACACGCUCCAGACCAAACAGAAGUGGGAACAUGGUGAACGGUGAGGCGGCUGUGUGACCAGCUUUCUUGUUCUCUCCUUUUUGGCAGAUACAGAUCAUUUGGAUUCAGGCGAGUUUGCUUUGCUCCGUGGGAACCGCACCAGAGCUGGAGGUGGGAGUGCGCCCUUUUUUCUUAAAGCUUGGCUUUCACCGAUUUUUGUUGCUGAAUUCUGUGAUGUGCCCUGGGAGCUGCAACCAAACACCUGUGGGAGAGUAGGGACUGUGAUAAGUAAGAGGAGUGGAGAGACGUUGGGCCGCUCCCGAGGACGCCUAACCUGGUCCUAAAGACCAACAAAGCGUUCUUCUUUUCCAGCAGAAUUCCUGGUAGACCUGAAUCCCCGUUUCCCUUUCUUUCCGCCUCAUUUUUCUUCAGGAUGGUGAUGUUUAGAUAGCUAUCCAUUUAAUUUCUUGGUUUGGUUUCGUAUUUGGAUUUGGGAUGAGGCAGUAUUAAAAGUAAAAUUGAAUGACCUUUAGGGCAAUGUCUACGGGUUUUAUUAGCUUUUAUUGCAUGUGAUUGCCUCUAAAACAGCUGUCUAACCUCUGCGAUCUUGAUGUGUCAUGAAGAGUGUCCUUUCAGUCCCAUUUAUUUAUUUUUAAAGAGUCCAUGAUGGCCUUUUUAUGUGGGGGAGGAGAGUUAUUUGCUUAUUUUUUCCCUUUCGCCCUCAGGUGUGAAGUCCCAUUGGGUACCAUCUGGUCAAUUCCGCAUUUGGCCACUAGGAGGAUUGUGAGAUGCAGUGGACACUGCUGAUUUAAAUAUGCAGAUACUCAUCUCUUGUCUUCUGACUUAGGUAGCUUCAGUAUUGAACUGUUGCCUCACUAAGAUGAUCUGAAUAGAGGUUAACUGUCACAAAUGCUUUGGCCUUCCUUCAGAAGGGACUUCAUUACCUGUAUAUCACAGUUGUAGUUCCUGAUCUUGAAGGGGAGAAAUUUAAAGAUUAGUCAAAAUUCUAUUUUUUUCCUUAGACAACACAGAGGUGUAUUUCUGCAAAUUUUAGAAAAAAAUUACAGAUAACCUGCAGUUUAUUUAACUUGCCACCUUGUGAUUCUACAGACGUACAAGCAAAGAUCCAAAGUGUGAUAUUUAUUCACUGCGUUGAGUAAUUUAAAAUAACUACUUGAUUAGAAAGAAAUGAUAUGAACAAACAAAACUUAGAACCAAGAACACAUAUCAUUAGCAUUAGCCAUUAGCAUACUGCCCUCUAAAUGUUAAAACUGAUUUUUACUGUUACACAUUUGGAGUUUUUUGUUGUUGUUGUUUUAAUUAAAAGUCUGAAAGAGAACUGUGUUUAAUAUGCAGAUAUGAUAGACGACUGCCCGAAAGCUGCUUCCUUUGCCACUUCCUGUGGAGGCCUGUCUUUGCCAUUUGCGGUUACUUUCUUCUUUUGGUGAAAUAACUGCUUGAAAAACAUCUGGAGGCUUCCACUGGUGCACAUUGCAGUGUUUGACUUCCAGUGGGCAUGUGACAUGUGAGCUAUCACCCUCUUUGGCUUCCUUUUAUUUCCUUUUACAAUUCAUGGGGAUUAUCCCUUUGAGCCCACAGUAUUUGUAACCCUGGUUGCCUUGGUUUUGCUUCCUUUUCUAUCCUGUGACCUUGAUCAUGAUCACUUGACAGUAUUCUGGAUUUCACAGAUGGAUUUAGAGUAGAAUUCUCUAAACCCUCUGAAGGAGUCCCCUCUUUCACUUAAACUUCCUGUUAUCUUGACAUUGUGCUAGAAAUUUAUUCAUUUCUUUCUUUGAGUCAUUAGUUCAGUUAUUUUUAACUGGUGAGUUUUAUACACUCAAGGGCUAUUUUUAAAAGUUUUUAUCUUUUUAUGUAAUUUCUGGGCAAAAUUAUAUGUGCUAGCCAUGGUCCUUUUUCAUUGUAGGUCAGCACCUUGCAAGGAGGUAGUAACAUAUCCAGUCGUGAAACUGGGAAAGGCCAGAGCUCUUGGAUCAGGGAAACAUGUCCCGUCGGAAACAGACAAACCCAAAUAAAGUUCACUGUGACAGUGAAGGGGAUGAAGAGGAGACCACACAAGAUGAAGUCUCUUCCCACACAUCAGAGGAAGAUGGAGGGAUGGUCAAAGUGGAAAAAGAGUUAGAAAAUGCAGAGCAGCCUGCUGGUGGGAACGAAGUGGUAGAGCAUGAGGUCACAGAGAAUUUGAAUUCUGACCCCUUGCUUGAACUCUGCCAGUGUCCCCUCUGCCAGUUAGAUUGUGGAAGUCGGGAGCAGCUGAUUGCUCACGUGUACCAGCACACUGCAGCGGUGGUGAGUGCCAAGAGCUACAUGUGUCCUGUCUGUGGCCGGGCCCUUAGCUCCCCAGGAUCAUUGGGCCGCCACCUCCUAAUCCACUCCGAGGACCAGAGGUCUAACUGUGCUGUGUGCGGAGCCCGUUUCACCAGCCAUGCCACCUUUAACAGUGAGAAACUUCCUGAAAUACUUAAUAUGGAAUCCCUACCCCCAACCCACGAGGGCCCCUCCAGCGCUGAGGGUAAGGACAUUGCCUUUAAUCCUCCAGUGUACCCUGCGGGAAUUCUGCUUGUGUGCAACAACUGUGCUGCUUACCGCAAGCUACUGGAAGCUCAGACCCCCAGCGUACGUAAGUGGGCCCUGCGUCGACAGAAUGAACCUUUAGAAGUACGGCUGCAGCGGCUAGAACGAGAGCGUACGGCCAAGAAGAGCCGACGGGACAAUGAGACCCCUGAGGAGCGGGAGGUGAGGCGCAUGAGGGACCGGGAAGCCAAGCGCCUACAGCGCAUGCAGGAGACAGAUGAGCAGCGGGCCCGCCGGCUACAGCGGGAUCGGGAGGCCAUGAGGCUGAAGCGGGCCAAUGAAACCCCAGAGAAGCGGCAGGCCCGGCUGAUCCGGGAGCGGGAGGCCAAACGGCUCAAGAGGCGGCUGGAGAAAAUGGACAUGAUGUUGCGAGCUCAGUUUGGCCAGGACCCUUCUGCCAUGGCAGCCUUAGCAGCCGAAAUGAACUUCUUCCAGCUGCCUGUGAGCGGGGUGGAGUUGGACAGCCAGCUCCUGGGCAAGAUGGCCUUUGAAGAGCAAAACAGUAGCUCCCUGCACUGAACCAUAUCUUCCUGCCUGACUGCCCACUCGCUCAGGCCCACAGGCAUCAGUGCUGCUGCCACCCACAAGGCCCUGUCCUCACUGCCAGAGGCAGACUCGGGUUUGUUGCAGGUGGACCCGCACACCCCUUGCAUGUGGGAGCAUGAUGAUGGGAUCAGGCGGGAUCCUGCUCAAAGCAGCACUCGGAAAGGGAGCAGGCACUCCAGGGAACUGGACUGCCCAGCCCACUGCUGCAGGGCAUGCUGAUAGUAAUGGGGUGGGGGGCCUGGCGUGGCCCACAAAGUUGCGAGGGCUAAUAAAUUAAUUUUAUCUUUAUUGGCCUUCUGUUUUUCUCUCAGUUUCAUUCUAGCAAAUGAAGUGAUCUCAGAGAGACCUUGGGUCAGAGUUUUCAGGCAGUGAAUUUGGAGUCUUGUUCUCUUCUGAGAGAGGGUGCUCUUCAGCUGGGGCUGUCCAAGCAGAUUCCUUAUUUGGGCCGUUAAAAAGUUGAUGAGGAAUAACUAUGACAUUAAAACUGAUGCUGGCCUUGUGAGAGUCAGUUCCCACAACCAUAAUGAAGGUAUCUAUGAUCCCAAAGGCUAUUUAAAUCUAGUUUACAUUUUUCAAAUUCAGAAGUACAGUAGUUCCCCCCUUAUCCGUGGAAGAUACAUUCCAAGACCUCUCGUGGAUGCCGGAAACCACUGAUAGUACUGAACCCUAUAUAUACUAUGAUUUGUCCUACAUAUACACACACCUAUGAUAAGGUUUAAUUUAUAAAUUAGGCAGAGUAAGAGAUUAACAACAAAAACUAAUACAACAGAACAACUACAACGAUAUACUGUAGUAAAAGUUAUGUGAAUGACAGAGCUGGACAGCGUGAGAUUUUGUCAUGCUGUAUAUUCAUUUAACAUUUCUGAACCGAGGUUGACCUUGGGUAACUGAAACCAUGGAAAGCAAAACCAUGGUUAAGGAGGGGCUACUGUAGUAGAAGCCUUUCUUCAUAACUGGCAUUUUCUAAGGAAGAGUGUGCAGUACUUUAGUCAAAGUACUGGCAGCUUUUCCCAGCAGCAUUCAGUUUGUCAAAUAUAUUUCUAUCCCAGACAGAAGUCACCUGCAUCUAGGAAUAUGUUCAUAGAAAUGACUGCAAUAUUAAGGUCCAUUUCACCAAGGAACUCAUGUUUGAGAGAAAAGGUAACCCAUCUUUUCAUUUAUUCCCCAGAUCCAAGAGAAGACAAUAAAACCCACUGAGGAAAACCCAGAAUUAAGGUGAUAUGAGAACUCAAAGUCAAAAGUGGUCAAGGCUGGAGCAAAUCGUUUGUAUGGCUCUAUGGAAGAGACAAGAGCUGGGGUCAUUUCUAAGUUUCUGUAAUAGUACAGAGCAAGCACAGAGCUUCCCUCAGCCUGUACCAAGGGUUGUAUACAGUUAAGGUAAUUAUAGCUUUUGAGGUCCAGAAGGAAGUGCCCUAGUUAAAUUGUUGCCAGAAAAAUAACUAUGCCAAGAAUGUGGACCUCUUCCAGUAUCAUAACAAGGAAACUUGGACUUCUCUCUGACCUCCACAGGUUCAAGGCUGUUUAAUAGUGUUCAAUGACUCACCAAACUAGGGUUAAUUCCAGGAAACCUGAAAUACAGUAUUUCUGUUCUGAAGAAUACAAACUUGUUAGUACUAGACAUUUAAAAGAAACAAAUACUUAAUUGGUCCAAAUGUCUUUCUCUCAGAGUUCCAUAUUGAAACCCUACAUAUAUAGGUUUCAAAAUAGUUGAGCACUUACCAUGUGCCAGAGAUUAUUCUGAGCACUUUACAUGGAUUGUAAUUUAAUUUUCACAAGAAACUAAAUUAACACAAGCUGAGGAGCCAGAUGCCUGGGUUUGAAACUCUGCCCAGGCAUUUAAUAGCUUUGUGUCUUUAGGCAAUUUAGCCUGUGUCUUGGUUUCUUCAUCCACAAAAUGGAAAUGUCAGGAACUGUUAAUACAUAUAAAACACUUAAGACAGUUUCUGGCACACACAGUAAGUGUUCAAUAAAUGUAUCUGAGUCACUACCAUGUAUCUCAGGGUUUCACCACUUAACCAGUGGCCAACAUUCUAAGUUAGAGCAGUAGCUAUGAUUGGAGCUGAGUUAUUUCUGCAAUUUCUGGCAGUGCUCCCAGCAAAGAACAGAACUGAGGGAAAGUCCAACAGUGAGGACACCUACAAGUCCUUGUGACUGAUUUUGCAGUAUGUUAGUCUACAGAAGGACUUCUGGUGCUCUGAAAUGCACACCAACAGUCUGUACUGACCAUGCUUCAGGACUAGCUCACACAAUCUGCACUGAGCUUAGGGUUAGCUAUCCGACUCUCACCACACGAAAAUGGGCACCAUGAAGGGUUUCUGUCCCCCACCCAAUGGCCAUAAUCAAAGGCCGGGAUUAGAAGAAGGCGCAAACACCAAAAGGAAAAGCUAGUAGUUUAUAUAGAUAGAUAUAUAGAUAUUGAUAUAUAUUGUGUUUACAUAGUCCACAAGUUAAAUGCAGGUAUCCAUAAGAAGAGCAUUAACAAUAAAAAUACAAUCUGUGUGUAGCCAAGUACAGAGACUUAAAUGGUAAAACAGCAAAAAGGAUCUCACAAAAGUACAAAUAUACAGUACAAAUUGAUUUAUUUAAAACAGUUACAAAAAAGCACAACAAAAUAGAGAUUAUCCUUAGAAUUAUUAAUGCUUUGUUAAAGAUCAGGUAGGAUUAGAGGGUAAGAAAUGGUACUGGGUGGGGGGAGCACCUGACUAGUUCUAAGGCUUUAGAUACAAUGCAGAUGAUUACAUAUUAAUUCAGCCAUUACAUACUGGGGGUAGUAGUUGGGGGAUCAGUAAUUUAUCUACAGGGAACUCCUACACAAAUCAGAUCCAUCCAGAUCUCCCCAGUGCCAUCCUUCUCUACUCCUGUGGACACUAAAGCCACCUGGAUGACAACAUUCUCACCCUUCCUUCUCCACCCCAGUCCCUAUCUAUAUAUUCUCCCCUCCCCUAAGGUGCUGUGCAAGCUGAGAGCAGUCUGCUCUCUGCAGCUGGAACAUAUACUGUUUUGGCUACAGGGAUCCUUUGUGUUACUAGGAAGGUUGUAGGGGACAGCCUUAUUUUAAUACUUCAGGUUUGCCAAGAGUACAGUCAGUCUCUUCCCCAAUACAAUCUGGAUUCUCCUGAAUGCAAUACAAGUAUCUAGCAAGCGAGAGAUCAACCCUGCCUUCAGCAAUACCAGCAAUGCACUAACCACUCACAGCUCACAACUACGUGCAAACUCCCUGUCCAGGGGGUGAGUGUAAAACCACUAUGUCAUCAGCUCUGUCUCUCUAAAGAACCUCGGUCCCCACGUCGUAAAGACAGAAACAAAUGCGAGUUUGACAACAGGUAAAGGCACAUGGGCUGCUGCCAUACACACUGCAGACAGGAACCCAACUUGAGGCCAUCUUCACUGCUGGGCGUUUGCAGUUGAAUGGCCUUCGGAUUACUUUCAGUUUGCAAUCUACUGGGGGAGGAUGGAGGCUUAACAGGAGAACUAAUAAAGAAAACUUUAGUGUGAAAAGUGCAUUUAUUACUACUGUUCCUGCUGGGGAGGCUCAGCAGGGCAAACUGCACCAUCUCUCCUCCUCCUGCCCCAGGCACUGUGCAUAGUCUGCAAGUAAGGAGAGAGUGCAGUCAAUUCUAGCAUCUCAAGGGCCAGUGUCAAUCUCAGCCCAGACCAGGCCUCUGGUCCAAAGAUGGAUCCUAGAGCUGAAAGAGCAACUGACAGCUGCAAAGACCCAGUUGCUUGUUUUAUUAUUGCAUAAUGCAGGAGACCUCCCCUACCCCAGGGAAGCUGGAGGGUAAAGAUUUCCUAGCAAAGGGCUAGUAGAUUCCUGACCAACAUCCAACUUAGUAUGGUUCAGCUCUUCAACUGUAGUGUACACUUUUUCCCAUCUGUAAAGUAUUGUAGCUUAGUCUAAAACUUGGCCUCUUCCCCUAUUUACCCUAUAAUACUAUGACCUAAUUUUCCGUGGCCAAUUGAUUAGGUUAUUUUUACUCCAAUGGAUCAAGGCCCUUUCCCAGUCAACCCAUGUCUACCCUUCGUCUCCAGUGUGAUCAAGCAACUCUUUUCAAUAUGCCUGCCUGUUGCAGGUUUAAAUCACACCAUGACCCUGUGCUUCCCCUAGGUUUCCUAUGAUGUCCAUUGGUUAAAAAAAAAAAAACUGAAACCCACUUGAGAGACUACUCCAGCCAAACUCCAAACUCUCUUCAACCCAAGAAUCCACAUAACUGGAGCUAGAUGAACCUCCCUGGGAUGCUGGCAGAGGCCCUAACCUGGUUCCCCCUCAUCUAUUUUUUUAAAACAGGAUACAAGAUACCACAAAAGAAAGAAAAUACAACAGAAAACAUCCACUAUUAGGACCUGCUUGUUUCUCCCUCAAGAUAGUUGGGAUAUUUGGAGCCAAAGGGCUCCUGACAAGCACUGAAGUCAUAUCCCUUUGGAUUCACCAUUCCACCAGCAGCAUUUCAUACUAUCCCACUUUAACAUGAUUUUGCUAUAAAGUAACGCAGAACACAGGUAAGAAUGGACAGGAUGCCUGGAUUUAAUCUAUAUGGCCAAAGACCUGGAAGGACAGGGAGCUAUAAAGGGCAGCAAGCAUGAAGUGAGCAGAUGGCAGCAGUGGCAAAGCAGCACAGACCAAAGCCCUUGGAGUUAUGACCAGCUGGGACCAAGAAUGUAGAAGGGUCAGUCCAGGUCUGCUGGAGCCUCUUCCCUCCCACUCCACCUUCCUCGGGUACACUAAUCUUGAUAGGAACGAUUAUCUAAGAUUUAGAUGUAUCACUCCCUCCUUUAACUGGUUCCCCCUUCUUCUAAACUGGUAUAGGCAUUUCUGUACAGCACCAGUCAGCAGUCCUCCUUUCUAUCCAUAAGCUUUGGGAAUAUCUUGCCACCUACAAGGGACUGAUUGUGGCCUCCUCCUUCAACUGCCCCUUCCUAGAAAGCUGACAACUUCCCACUAAAAUGCUCACUCUGUCAAAACCACUUAUAUCUCUUGCAAACUUAAGAAAUUCCUAUAAGGAAGAAUGGACAUACCACAGGGUACUUUUAUUUCUCAUGCCUGGAAGAAAAGACUGAACCAUAGGGAAAAGGCAAGGGGAAUGCCACAGCUCUGACCAAUAUUUAAAGCACAGUUUCUUUUCCUGGGAGACCAUACUUUAUGAAAGACACUUCUGCAGCUCAGCAAAAUCAAGUAUUAACAUAUUACUCAUACAUGGCACAGCACUAAGGGAGCUGCUGGUAUUGCUUCACCAGGAAGAGACAGAAAAGGAACAGCAGCAGAAAGGUCAGGGCCAAACUUGCCAAGGUCCAUAAGAAUUUCUCUCUCCAGGAUCAAGUGGCAGUUACCAGCCUGGGAAGUCACAUCUAACCCAAGUGAAUGGCUUUUGUUUUUUUUUUUUUAAACUACUUGGCCUAGAUCUGGCUAGAUCAAGGUUUGCUCCCAAUGUUCCUGCAGGAGGAAGCUCAGUUGGUGGUCCUUGAUGGACAUUUCUUGUCUACUGUGUACAUGUCACUAGAUUCAGUUGAUGAGCCUUCUAUGAGGAAGGGUGCUUCUGAGAAACCCAUGCAUACAAUAAUCCCUACGAAUGAGCUGCCCAGGCUGCCAUCUGAGAGGAUUCCUCAAGACAACCCCAAAGCCCCACAUUGUGGGAAAUGAACCAGAGAAAGCAGCAUUCAGAGAAUGGGGAAAGAGAAGAGAAAGGACAUGAUCCCAAACGCAGUACAAGGUUGAGUGUUUACCAGACAACGUUGGUGUUUGGUUCUGAUUGAACCGGAGCCUUAAGAAAUCACGGUCAGGUCAACAGCUUCUUUUGGAUGGGGCUACAAAAGCUGACUGACCAGGUAACUGCUCUCAAGGAAUGAAACACUGGAGUGUAGGGCUUGUAGCAAACGAGCCCGUUUCAGUCACUCUGUUCCCCCAGGAGAACAACCUUUAGCACCUGAACACUAAGAAUGACUCCAUUCUCAGAACUCCCCCUCCCCCCAGGAGGUAGGUAAGAUUAUUCAUCCCCAUUUGGCAGCUGGGGAGGAAGUGAAAGAGUGAGAGGUCACAAGACUUGCCUGAAGUCAUUGACAGAGAUCAGACCUCAGAGGUUUGGGAUUCCUAAUUAUAGGUCAGGCCUCAGCCAGUCCAAAUACAUCUAUAAAGGAAAUACCAGGAUCCAUACCCUGGGAGAAGCCUAACCGAAGAGCUGGGUGGACAAUACCCUGAGUUGCCUUCAAGAGUCUAAAGACCCACAAAAAAACAAAAAACCACUCACCCACCUGAAAGUUGGUAGGGGGCCUAAUUCCCAAUACCCAGUGGAAUUCCACUGUCCAAGCUGAUGCCAAAAGUUGUGAAGAAAAUGUGGGCUUAAGACAGGGAGAGAGAAGCAAAUAAGAUCGAAAAUGCUAUUCACAGAGUAAUACUCUACCACAAAAUGAAGUCGAAGGGACUUCAGACAUUGAAAUGUUAUCAAGACUAUCCAAGAACCUUAGAGCUGGCUGUGGGAGGGAAUGGCCUGGAGAAGCCUGAUUGCUAGGAGAGGCAGUGGAAUAAGACGGGAGGGGCUAUGUAAGAAUACUAGCAUGGGCAUUGCCCAGCCAAGAGUACGUGCCCUGACCCAGGGCAUGGUUCCCUUGUUUCUCCACCAAGCUGCUCAGGAGCAGAAGAGGAGGGGACAUGAUUCUUUCUGAGUGUUUAAAAAUAGAGGAUAUACAUGAAGGGGAAACCAGAGAGACCCCUACAUAGGAAAAACUAGAGAUCUUGGUCAGAGUGAACAAGCCAACUUUGCAGAGGGGAAGAGCAGUGCAGCUAGAAAUUAGGCCCAGGUCAAGAUACCAUGCAAGGAGGUUAGGGCAGCAGAAGGGUGGGGGCAGCGCAGGCACUUAGGCACAACAGAGACAGACAAAGGUGGGGUGUAGGUGCCUGGGGAAAAGGGUCCACUGGUUCUUUCAAAAGUCACCAUUACUAGAAUCAAUGAAAUUUCGAAGCAAGUCAGGCAUGCCGAGUAGAAGCUUUGUUAGGUCAGCUACCUUCCCAGAGGCCCUGCCUAGAACCGGUCAGCCUAGCCAUCAGGUCUUUCUACCAAAGCUCCCUGACGGGGUCCCCAGCAAGGCAAGACUUCAUUCUAAACCCUGCAGAGGCUUAUCUCUCCCUUGACCCCCAAGUUGCUAGAAGCCUUGUGGGAAGAAUGGUGAGAGAUGGGGAAGGGCUGAAGCAGAGGAUCAAUCAGUCCUGUAAAGGAGAGUGCUCCAUGCCCACAAACCCAGCCAUAGACAUCUGUAACAAAAUUACCCUUUAAAGUGCACAUCUCUCAAAAGAAGGGUUCUGGGUGGGUACCCCCUUAUUUCCAACUGUGGGGCCUCCCACCCUCCCAUCACAAAAAAGAAAAGAAAUAAACUUCAGACAGUUUAACUGCUACUAUAAGCUGUGGAUCAUUUUUGGCUCUUUCUUUGCUCCCUCCCUCUGCCACCUGCUCCCAAAGCCUGGACCUUUCCCUUGCAGGAGCUAGGGAUGGGGAGGAAAAGAAGGAGGCCCUGAUAUUUGGAAUGUUUCUUAUCCUGCGCACCCCUUUCCUUUCUUGGCCCAGGCCUGCUGCUCCCCAUCACGAUACCCUCUGAGGCUGUCCUGAAAGGAUGCCAUGGGGUAAUGAGCAGCAGGCCCUGCCUUGGAAGGCUGCCUUCACUCCUCCCCUGCCCCCAGAUCUCACUGCCAAGAGAGCCAUUCCCUGCUUGGAGUGUGCAAAUCCUCUGCCUACUCAAGGUGAGGCUCAGCUCUGAGGAAAAGCCCCAGUCCUGGUCUGGGAAAGAGGUUCACUUUCCUGCAUUGGAACGCCCUUCAAUGGACAGCUUCACCUCCUGUGGAAUGAAAGAGGGACGGAGCAGGGUGGCCCGUGCCUCCUCCCCUUGCAUGCUGUAUCUUUGGAAGCCUGGGGCUGGCCAGCAGGCCUGAGCACCAGGCUCAGGCUGGGUGGGCUCUACCACACAGGAACCCUCUCCUGACAGCUGGUUUUUCCCCUCACUGUCACAUAGUUCUCUGGGUCCCAAGACUGUCCUCUCAGGCCUUUCUCGGGGGGGACCCAGCUGGCCUGGGGGAGCACAGCUGGCCUGAGAAACUGAGUUACUGUUCAAGCUCUGUAAACUGAUAGAGAUGCAGACAUCUCCCACCUGUAGCCGAUGGCAGGGCAGAGAGAAGAGCUGUGCAGUCCGCCCAGGGCUGCAGGAGGACCAACCCUGGCCAUACACAAAGAAGGGGUGCUCGGGUGGCACCUCGAUGCUCACUUUGCUCUGCUGCUCCCCAACCACAAAAUGCAGCAUGACAAAUCCAGGCCACUGGCUCUCCUGAAUGUCCACAACUGUGCUAGAGUCAAUCUUCAGCCCCCCGCUCACUUCGGCACUGCGCACAAAAUCCUGGGUCUGGAGGUCCUCCACCCGCUUCAGCUCCCCCGUGGCCAGCUGGAUGAUGGCGCCUUUCAUGAAAUGGGAGGGCAAGUGGGAGGAGGUAAUGGGGGGUGGCGUUGGCUCCUUAUCUGGGAAGGUGGCUCUGGCCUGCAUGUCCAGACUUGAAGCCACCAGGAUCUCUGAGCCCAUGGGCAGCAGGCCUGGAUCAGUUCCAGUGGACACCAGGUUGCCAUUGGCUACAACCAUUGCUUUGGGUAAAGGUCUAUGUUUCAUCAGUUCCUGAUGGGAUUGAGAGUAGAAGCCUCGAGCCUGAUUUUUUUCUACCAUCUCUGCUGGGUUCUUGGCUGACCCUUGCCCCUCACCCUGAUGGUCAGGGGUAUGAUGGGACAGGUUGAGGGGGCUAGGUUCAUCCUUCCUCUGAGCUGCCACCACACGAUAGUCCUGAGAAGCUAAAGCGCCAACCACCCGCUGGACCUCGAGGUCAGUAUCUGGAGUCCCCCGGUGUGCUGGCACCAUCACCUCCACCCGUGGAGUCUGAGAACCUGAAAACAACUGUCCAUCCACCACACAUUCCACCACUGGCACCAGUCCCUGGCCUUCGCCCUUGCUGUUGGGGGAGUCAAGGGCUUCACUUUCCCGUCUUGCUAAAUCUCGCUCUCGCUGUCUCUGUCCUCCAUUGGCAGCAGCUGCUUCCAGAGCAGACUGGCCCUCCUGAGGGGUAAGAACUGGGCUGGCACCUGCUGGUGGGGUUU